AUGAAGUUUGGCGAAGAAAUGUGGGAGAUAUUGAAAAAUAAUCAGAUAAGGUACCUGCGGUUCAAAAUGACCAGUCUAGAGGAAGAAGAUGAUGAAUAUGAGCAAAAUCAUCCCAACCACUCCCAACAACGCCAUGUCCAAAGGCCUUUGCUCUCAUUUGGUCCGAAAGCUUCCAUGAAGCUCAAAACAUGCCCGGCUAAUGUCUGCAAGGAACUGAGAUCAAGUUCUCAGUUGAUAAGUGAAUUCUGCACGGAGAGUUCUGUCAUGAUUACUGACGGCUCUUUUAGUGCCUCAUGGCUUAAUAAUCUGAAGAAGCCAAUGGGUUCGUUGGUUUUCUCUCAAGAAAAUGGAUCUGGAACCAAUUCUGAUGCUUUUCAGUUCUGUGCACAACCAAGCUCUAUCCCUGGGUCUGUACUGCAAUUAGUCGGUUCUUCCUACUUGGUUCGUGCCACUACAUGGGAGAUAUAUGGCAGAGAAGCAAAUCAAGUGGCACAAGAAUUGGCAAGAUGGGGCCUAUCUUCAAACUACCAAGGAUGCUUGACUGAGUCACAGCUAUCAACUCCAGUCAAGAAUAGAGUGACCCAAGAUAGGGACCUUGCACCACUUGCGCGGAUAAAUGCGCUGGUUUUCACAACUUGCUUCGCCGACUCAUCUAGUUCUGCUGAUGUUGCAUUGGCACAUUCCAAGCUUAUACAACAUUUAGCAAUAUAUAAAGGAUACAAAGAAGCCUUUUCUGCUCUUAAAAUAGCUGAGGAGAAGUUUUUGUCGGUGUCAAAGUCCCGAAUCCUACUAGUAAAACUUCAGUUGCUCCAUGAGCGUGCUUUACAUAGGGGUAACUUGAAGUUAGCCCAACAAUUAUGUGAUGAGCUUGGAGUUUUGGCAUCAUCUGUAAUUGGCGUUGACAUGGAGCUGAAGACACAGGCAAGCCUUCGCCAUGCUCGGACAUUGCUUGCUGCAAACCAAUUUAGCCAGGUUGGAUGGUUUCCAUUUUCCUCUACUUCUUAUGUAUAUAAAGUAGAAAUACUAAACAAAAUAACUGUGUAG